AUGGAUUUUCUGAAGGCUUAUAAUGAUAUGUAAUCUGAGACCCACCAAAACAUUACUGAAGACUGAAGAUUUUCAUAUAAGAGAGAGGAGAAGAACCUGUUUAGGACAACGUUGAUUUUUCUUUGGAGGAAAGACAUACCUGCCCUGGCUUAUGGACUGACAUGAGGGUGUGCAUCAUUGGAGCAGGGGUCAUCGGCCUCUCCACCGCUCAGAGCAUCUACCAGCACUUCCACAGCAGGAUCAGCCCCCUCACCAUAGAGGUGUAUGCUGAUGUCUUCACUCCACUCACCACCAGCGACGGGGCAGCUGGACUCUGGCAGCCCUAUCUCUACGACAAGGGCAACGUGCAAGAAACUAAAUGGAACAAAGAGACUGGGUUUUUCCCACAGAAUUGGAAUAAUGAAAAUGACUCAGUCUCUGCUCCCCUCCAACAGGACCCUUCAUUUAAAGACAUUGUGUUGGGUUUUCGCCAGCUGACUAAACGUGAGCUAGACAUGUUCCCAGGAUACAGUUUUGGGUGGUUUCACACUGCUCUCAUGAUUGAAGGAAAGACAUACCUGCCCUGGCUUAUGGACUGGUUAGGAGAAAGAAAGGUCCAGUUUUAUCAGAGGAAGAUUGGUUCAUUUAACGAGCUGGCAGAUAGUGGUGCUGAUGUUAUCAUCAACUGCUCCGGUGUCCGAUCAGGAGACCUCCAGCCUGAUCCUGAGCUCCAGCCAGCCAGAGGACAGAUCAUUAAGGUAGAUGCUCCCUGGUUAAAGCACUUUAUCCUCACCCAUGAUCCCUCUAAAGGACUGUAUAACUCACCGAGCGUCACUCCUGGGAGUCGUUUUGUCACUGUGGCUGGAGUUUACCAAGAAGGAAACUGGAAUCUGCAGAACAGUUCUGUUGACCAUAAAGAGAUCUGGGAAGCGGCCUGCAAGCUUGAGCCCAGUCUAAAGCAUGCACGGAUAGUAGAGGACUGGACUGGUCUCAGACCCACUCGCAGCAAAGUUAGACUGGAGAGAGAGACCAUACGAUCUGGACCGACCUCGUUUGAGGUCAUUCAUAACUAUGGUCAUGGUGGUUUUGGAAUGACCAUCCAUCGUGGAUGUGCUGAGGAAGCUGCUCGUCUCUUUGGACAGAUCCUGGAGCAGAAAGGAUUGCUAGCAUUCUCUAAAUCACAUCUCUCAUAGAUCUGUGAUUCUGGAUAAGGUUAUCUAUAUAAUAUAGCAUUGAGGGGAUGAGCUUAAUAAACAAAGUUUGUUGCUAAAUGUUUGGUUUUGAUGCAAACCAACUUUUUAAUAAAAGCGUUUGGAGCCUGAUGUGCUAGAAAAUAGACAAUAAUCAAAUAAAUGUGACCUACACACCUGCUCUGAUGAAAGCCACUUGCUAUUGUUUUAUUGUCAUUGUAAGACCCUUUGAUAUGUCUGAUUAUAAGGAAUCAACUGGAGUUUAAUUAUUUUAUAUAACAAACAGAUAGGAUGAUUUAAUCUGGUAGCUCUGACAUGUGCCUAAAAUGUAUUUAUCGAAUAAAUAAAAUGUAAUAAAGGUCAUUAAUAAAAGGUACAGGAUGAUACACA